UAAGGAAAUGCCGGUUAUCAGCAUUUCUCUCCUCCCGAGCUGUCACACUGACAGCUCUGUGCCUUGAUGAUCAGUGUAGCCCCAUCAAUGCCACCUGCCAGUGACCAUCAGUGCCACAUGAAUGCCACAUAUCAGUGCCUACCAGUGCACAUCAAUGCCACAUACCAGUGCCCAUCUGAACUGCCUUUCAGUGCCACCUAUCAUUGCCAGUCAGUGCCACCUAUCAAUGCCAGUCAGUGCUGCCAAUCAGUGCCACCUAUCAGUGACAGUCAGUGCCGCCUAUCAGUGCCCGUCAGU